GUGGGAGGAGGAACUGUGGAUUGUUUGGGGGGUGUAGUUGUCGUAGUUCGGUAGAACGAGCGCAGCAACCCUAAAAACUCGACUUGUCGUGGAAUAACAAACGGGAGCGAUGAGUCAAGUCAGUUUGACCCCGUUCGAACCACAACAACUAAUUUUUAGAGCGAUGUUUCGCAGAUGCUAACGCCGCUUUUCGCCACCCCCCGAGACCACUGCGGCGGAGUUGUGAGCAUGCGGCGUGAAGAAACUCGCUCGGUUUGAACCCAGCCGGCGCUCGGGACUUCCUCUGAGUCCAGCUCCGGGAGGAGGACAUGUGUGCUGGGGAUGGGCCUGUGUCUCGGGACCGACGCUACAGAGGAGGAGAAGAGGGCGAGGACACGGAGCGCCAAGAUAGACAGAGACCUGUACGAGGGCGCCAAGCGGGAGAUGAAUGUGCUUAAAAUACUCCUACUGGGUGCAGCAGAAAGUGGUAAAAGCACGUUGGUCAAACAAAUGAAGAUCAUUCACAGCAAUGGAUUUACCAAGCAAGAGCUCAGCAGCUUCAAGCCAGCAGUGUUGGAUAACCUCCUGACCUCUAUGAAGUUUGUUCUUCAUGGCAUGGGCGUCCUCCGCAUCAACCUGGCUAACAGCAGGAACAAGGUGCAUGCCCACUCUGUGCUGUCGUGUGGUCGCUCUUUUGACGAAGAUCAGAUCUUUUUUCCUUUCUUGGGCCACGCCUUGUCCUGUUUGUGGGGUGACCAGGGGGUGAGAGCUGCGGUGGCCCGGGGGUACGAGUACGAGCUCAAUGACUCAGCGCUGUAUUUCUUUGAAAAUAUGAGCCGCAUCUCGUCUCCGGACUACGUCCCCACAGAGAUGGAUGUUCUGCGCGUAAGACUGAGGACUACAGGCGUGAUAGAGACCCAGUUCAAAGUCAAGCACCUCACUUUCAGGAUGUACGAUGUCGGAGGUCAGCGAACGGAGCGGAGGAAGUGGAUUGGCUGCUUUGAAGAUGUCCGGGCCGUGCUCUUUGUGGUGUCACUUAGCGGCUAUGACAUGACCCUGGUGGAGGACCCCUCCAUGAAUCGUCUGCAGGAGAGCAUGAAGCUCUUCUCCUCCAUCUGCAACAAUGUGUUCUUCCGCAGUACAUCCAUGAUUUUAUUCAUGAACAAAAUUGACCUUUUCCAAGACAAGAUUCUGCACUCGGGGCGACACCUGCGCCAUUACCUCCCUCAGUUUAAAGGAGCAGACUGCGACGUGGAUUCGGCCGCCCGCUUCAUCGCCGCCACCUUUGUCUCGCUCGACGCCUCACCCAGUAAACUCAUCUAUCACCACUUCACCACAGCCACCGACACCUCCAAUAUCCAGGUGGUCUUUCAGGUGGUCAUGGACACCAUUAUAAAAGAGAACCUGGAGGCCGUGUCGCUCCUAUAACUGCCAGAAAAUGUCUGGAGUCCCUUCGAACUGAGACCUAAACGGACCGUUGGACCUUUGGAUGUGACCCAGGAGUGUCAAUAUCAUCUCAUACUCACACACACACACACACACACCCGAAAGGUUAAGGACUACUUUGCUAUACCUUUGGGCAACUACGUUGACAAUCGACUCUAAAACCAUCCUCAGACUUGAAGCAGACUUGCUGUGGCGACGCGCCCGUCUUUGUGGGCUGGUCGCAGAGAGGCUGACGAUUUCCCAUUUGUCCACGAGGUCGGCUGAACAGGGUUCGCUUAUGUAUACCAGGAGAUAUUUUCCCGCUCAUCCAUCAUCGUGGCGUCUCGAUCGACUUCCUGAGCGUCACACCCACCUAACUCCGAUCACUAUACAGUAGAAGCUGCAGCGUGUGCUAAUCAAAAUCCUCACCUCACUAUGUCAUUCUUUAUAACAAUUAGUUAGUGCCAAAGAUGGAAAAUGUAAUAAGGUGGAUCUUAGGAAAGUUAGUGUUUAUUUACCUGUAUUUAACCUUCCAGGCUCGCACUAAACACAGUGCCUUUUAAAUGUGAAGCGGUUAGCCAUUACCUACACUGCAGUGACCGUUUGCAAUGUUCAUAUUAAGUCAUCUCUUUUUCAUUUUUAUGUCUGACUGGAAGUGAAAGGAACUGGAUGCCUUAUG